UUAGACUGUAACACCAGCUGCUUUCUGCACUCGGGAGCUGCGCUGCUCCUCUGCCCCUCAACUCCUCCCGCGGCGGCUCCGAGCCUCGGCUCGCUCUUUCUCUCCGCCGCCCGCGGCCGGGGCAGCCCGAGGAACUUUGGGGCGCUGUCUUCCCUCUCCCCCCACCCCUCGGGCUUCUCCCCCUCCGCGCCCCCCGGCCCCGGGACCGCGCCGAGCCCCUCCCCUCCAGUCAGCCCGGCCAACGGUGCCCCGUGGGGGGGGAGGGGGAGGGGGCCGGGGUUGGGGGGCCCUGGAGGGAGUGAGACCCCCGUCAUCCCUCGGAUGAACUAACUCCCAAUGAGAAAGAGGAAAAGAUGGAGCUUCACAUCCUAGAGCACCGGCUGAGAGUGGCCAGCAUAGCCAAGGAGAGCGUGCCUCUGUUUACCUACGGGCUCAUCAAACUUGCCUUCUUGUCCUCCAAGACGAGGUGCAAGUUCUUCAGCCUGACUGAAACCCCAGAGGAUUACACCAUCAUCGUGGACGAAGAGGGCUUCCUGGAGCUGCCCUCCUCGGAGCAACUUAGCGUGGCCGACGCCACGUGGCUGGCCUUGAACGUGGUGUCCGGCGGGGGGAGCUUCUCCAGCUCCCAGCCCAUCGGGGUGACCAAGAUCGCCAAGUCCGUCAUCGCCCCGCUGGCCGACCAGAACAUCUCUGUCUUCAUGCUUUCUACCUAUCAGACCGACUUCAUCUUGGUGCGUGAGCGGGACCUGCCCUUUGUCACACACACCUUGGCGGCCGAGUUCACCAUACUUCGGGUGGUCAACGGGGAGACGGUGGCAGCCGACAACCUGGGCGUUACCAAUGGCUUCGUGAAGCCCAAGAUGGUUCAGAGGCCCGUCAUUCACCCUCUCUCCAGCCCCAGUAACAUGUUCUGUGUCACCAGCCUGGACCCCGACACGCUCCCCACCGUGGCCACCCUCCUGAUGGACGUCAUGUUUUACUCCAAUGGAGUGAAGGAGGCUGUGGUCAGCAGCGAGGACUGCGGCCACAUCCGCUUCUUCUCCUUCUCCUUGAUCGAGGGCUACAUCUCCUUGGUGAUGGACGUGCAGACCCAGCAGAGGUUCCCAAAUAAUCUGCUGUUCACGAGCGCGUCCGGAGAGCUCUGGAAGAUGGUGAGAAUUGGAGGACAGCCCCUCGGCUUUGAUGAAUGUGGGAUCGUCGCGCAGAUCUCGGAGCCGUUGGCAGCCGCCGACAUCCCUGCCUACUACAUCAGUACUUUUAAGUUUGACCACGCAUUGGUACCCGAAGAAAACAUCAAGGGCGUCAUCAAUGCCUUGAAAGUCAGUCAGGCCGAGAAGCAUUAGAAGCUCCCCUGCUUUCCCGCUUUCCCUCCCGGCCUCCCUGUGCAUCCCUUCCCCGCCUUCCUCCCCUGCCCUCAACCCCCAGCAUUCUUCUGACAGUAUUUCUUAAACCAGAAAAUGGUCUGUCACGACCACCACGGACAGAGCCAGCAAGGAAGGGCCCCUGGGGCCGUGGGCGCCGAGGGCCGAGGGCCGGCCUGAAGAGAAGGCUUCUGGUGUGUCUGGGUGGACCCCCGUGGCCUCCUGGCCUCUGGAACUCAAGGACGGCGGGGCAAAGCUGCGGGGGGCGGUCUGCCAGCGCCCGGCCGUCCCCCCCUCUCCUCAGCGGAGGCGGAAGUCACCAUCUUGUGAGAGGCCGCGCUUGGCCAGGGACGGUAGUUGGAGGAGGGAGGGUUCAUUCGCUCCUAAGGCUGGCGUCAGGCCGGCUCUGCGGGCCUCGGAUUGCUCUCGCCCAGCCCAGCUCUCGGUUUUGGGGGGUCUCGGGGGGAGGAAGCCCCGGGCUCGGAUCUUCUGGUUUCCUCCUCCUUUCACACUCCCCAUCCCUCUUCCUUGGACUCCACCAGGUCACUCCCAAGGCGGUCCAGCUGGGACUGGGGGGUUGGGGGCACCCCAUCGGCCUCUCCAAGUCUUUGGAAGGAGGCGGAGCCCGGGGAUCCCCUGCUAGCCUGAAGGUGUGUCGGGGAGGGACGGGGUGGGAGGGGGCAGGCUUCCCAGGCCAGAAGGAAGUGUAGCUCUGUCCGUGCUCGCAGCUUUGCCUGGAUUCUAACCCCCAGAGCUUCCUUCUGAGCUCUCCGGGGGCCGGAGUGGGGGGUGCUCACCAAGGACCCUCCAUCGGGGGAUUUUAAUUUUUCCCUCCCAUUCCCUUUGGCCUGCUGCUGUUGCUGGGUCACGUGGGCUGAGGGUCUUCCCCGAGACCCUCCGAGAAAUCGCCUCCCCCAUCCCUGUGUCCUGCCCCACAGCCAAAGGUACUUGGGAGUGCCGGCCCAGCAGCCUUGGUCCUCCCGGAGCCAUCUGUAGCUCGCCAGACGGGCCUUUCUUCACAUUAAGUAGCAUGAAGGCUGACCCAGGCCACAGCCUGAGGAUGGUCCACACCCCCCAUUCCCCCCGACCUCGGCCGGCCCCUGACCACAGAGGCUCCGCCUGCUUGGGAGGGUCAGAGAUCGUCGGUCCGUCGCCCGCCCUCGGCCUGCUCCCGGAACUUCCCAUAUUGGACCCUGUGGCCCACCCCUCCCUUCCCUGCAGCCCCUCCCCCCUUCUCCAGUGCCCCCAAAGGACCUUCGCUUCCUGCCUCCUCGGUACCCCCUUGAGCGGCUUCCACCUGUAAGACGAUGCCUCCCCCUCCCCCCCCCCCCCCCGGGUGCAGGAGGCCCGGUGGCUCUCAGGCUCUGCCCCCUACCCCCCAAAAAAGCAUUUGUCCAUCCUUGGGAGGAGGGUGUCUCUGAGACCCCUUGGGCACAAGGCAACAGCCAGCAAGUCUCUCUGCCCCCCAGUGGCCCCUCCAGGCCGGCCCUGUCCCUCCCCUCCCCCAGCCGUAGCCCCGGCUCUUAGGGGAAGGCGAGAAGCCUCCCCGUGGCCAUCCGCUUCCCUCUCGGCCCCUGCCACCUUCUGCCCGUCUCCCUGGCCCAGACUACGUGGCAUUCAUCAAGCAAUUACUUGAACUCCGAGGCCACUUUAAUGAGCCUUAAUAGAAAGAGAAAAGGAGAACUUUGUUUUAGUUUCUUAUUUAAAGUGUUUUUGCACUCAGGCUGUUUUAGUGAAGUUGAUUUGCUGGCGUGCGUGGGGGAGAGGGAGCCCCCAUCUCUCCCGUCCGCCUUCCGUCCCCCUCAAACUCACGCGUCCAAAUGUCUGGGGUCGGCGUGCUCGGCUUGGCCACGUGCUCCCAGGACACCAAAGAGAAGGCUGGGGAAGGUGGGGGAGGCGGAUUUCGGCCGACUCGGGACCCCCGAGCCCCCUUUCCUCUCGGGCGUAUCAUCAUGUCAGGGAUGUGGACUUUCUGCUCUGGCUUCCAUCCAGAAGUGGGAGGAAGCAGCCCACACCGACCCCCAGAGGGGCCCUAGAGCAGGGCCCCCGCCCCCGCGGCCCCUUCCCUUAUGCCCUUCUUGCCAAGGUCAGCCAAGCUGCACUGCUUCUCAGAAACAUGGCGAAGACCCUUUUUCCCUGAUGAGCUUCUCCCCAGGGGGUUGAGGACAGAGAGGGGCCACUGAGCCGUCUCCUCCCACCCCCGUUCUCUUCCUGAACCUGCUGCUGUUUGCAAGGGGUGGAGAGGAGAAUGGCGCGGGGGGAGGACGAGGGCACGAGAUACACGGCGGGAUCCAUUUCGACUUGUCUUCUCCCAGAAGCCUCCCCACCCCCUUCGAAAAUUAGCAUCUUUGAUUUUGCACAAAACUCUGAAAUAACCAAAAGUUGUCGAGUCCUUGCUGGUCCCCAGAGGGGCAGGGGGCAGGGAAAUGAGGGCUCCGUGGCCCCUCGGACGCCUGUCGACCCCCACGCUCUCCCUUUUGCCUCUUCCUUUGACUUCCCCCCCGUGUUUCUCCCCUCUGCGUGCCCCUCUGUCCAAACCCUCAGAACGCGUCGUGUUCCCCCGACGGACACACAUAUAAAUACCUGUGUUUUAUGUUGAUAGAGAUAUAUAAAUAUAUAUAUAUAUAUGCUGUAAAUAGCGUAUAUACCUGAGCAAUAUAUAUAUAUGUUAAUAUAUACCGUGAGUGUGUGAGUGCGGACGCGCGCUCCGGACACAUCCCGGCGGCGGAGGCUCCUGGGUGUCCGGCCCGCCUGACGCCCGCCCCCUGGUCCGCGUGCCGGCACGUGCGGCAGAAUUUCGCACCCACACAGUCACCUUCUAUUUUUAAUUCAAAUAUAUGGGCAAUACAACUAUUUAGAUAAGCCGUUCGGAUUUUUCAAACCUGAUGUCAAACAACCAGCAGCCACAGUUCGCCUGGGGUCAGUCGGCCCUCGAGCCUCUCUCUGACCUUGUCUAUUUUGUCUCGUAGCCACUGGGCUCGCCGCCCCGCCCUCUCCCUCCCGGUCGGUCUCGAUGGGGCCCCUGAGCCUGGUGGGCUUGUUUGGAGGGGGGCGGGGAGGGGCACUCACGGGGGUUUCGUAGUGAUGUAGCCGCCCCUGCCGGGUUGGGGGUCCCCCGCUUCGGCCUCCGGUAGUGGUCACCCUAGCUCUGGUGUGGAAUAGGAUUUUCCCUUACAUCUGGGAACAGGGCGGGCUCUCCUUCCCUUUUUCCCCACCAAGAAUCGCUCUUGGUAACAGACCUAGGGACAGGUUUUCCUCCGUUUUCCUUUUUAAUAUUCUUCUUGUUGUUAGACUAGAACUUUUCAGGAAAGGAUACCCUUGGUGGGCUGAGUCAGGGGACGGUCCGGCGGCCAUCGCUUCCCGUCUCUGGGUCGGGCAGGUGCUGAACCGAGGCUCCCCCCGCCCCUCAGGGGUCCCAGGAGACAGUGGGCGCUUCAUUUUGCCUGCUUGGAAAAGGGUGCUGUGGUUUGGGGUUGUUUUGGGGGGAGGGGGGUCGUGAGUGUGUAUGAACCCGUAGCUUCUAAGUAGUUUGACCUUCGUUGUUCUUUCAGACAAGAUGUGAGUUAGUGCCCUUGUCUGCUGCCUCCUCUCCGGGGCGCGCUGAGCCCAGAUCCCGCCCGCUCCAUGGGGAGGGGGCUCCUGCUUGUGGUAGUGCUCGGGGGGGGCCCCGUUUCUGCUCAGUCCUCUCCCUCCUCCUCCUCUUGGCCGGCCCCUCCAAGGGCAGUCUCUGAAUAGGACUCGCUCUCGCCGAUGACCCCGGCCGAUUCAAAGCUGGCCCAGGGAGAGGAGGGUCGGUGGGCCGGGCGGCCCGGACCGCGUGGAGAAAGCCCCACUGUGGAGUCCUGCCCGGCCCAGACUGGAAGAGGGAGGGGGACGUGGACAAGGGCCUUCUUCCUCUUGCCCUCCCGACGGUCAGAGACGGUGUCUGCCUGGCUGCCCCCAUCGGCUCCGGGGGUUCGGAGCGAGGAAGAUGAGGAGACCAGGCCGGGGAUGGACUGGCGGUGGGCAGCGUCUCUCAUGAUGGUGGGCGGAGUCUCGCCCCCUCCCUCUGCCCCCUUCCCACUCCCCCGUCCCCAAAGCAUCCCACCCUCAAAAUAACCGUCCCUUUUGGGGCCGCACACAUUUCUACCUCCUUAGCUUCUCCCGUCACUCCGCUCCACGGGACCCGGCGCCGUCCGGGACCCAUUGUCUCAUCACCCCGAGUCCUGCAGGGAGCUGAACUCUGGCCUCCCACGGGCACCCCCCCCCCCCCCGAGUCCUUCCCUGAAUCAUCCCUGAGGGCUCGGUCACAUUCAUUCCCCUUCCUCAUCUCAGUGGGGCAGAGGGGAGCGGCCCCAGAACAGGCUGGGAAAGGCUCCGAGCUGUGGGAAAACCAGUGACCAACAUGGGCUGGGCUGCUUAUUCUUGAUUCACGCCUCAGCUAAGGGGACUCUCGGUGGCGGCUUCCGCGUGGAGCCGUGUCCUCGGGUCCUGCCGGGAAGAAGUGGAUGGAACAGUCUUUAAGGGCCACAAAGGGGGGGGGAGGGGAGGUAGUGCCUUUCUCUCUGGGAGCUGGCAGAAGAAAAAUGUCCCGGGUUAGAGGUCGAGCGAGGGCCUGGGCCCUGUUCUAGCCCUGGAGGCUCCGUCACAGCAGGUUCUGGAGAGUGGGUUAGUGCUCAGCUAGAAGAGGCUCUUGGGCCCCCAGUGGCACCCUGACCUGGCACCUUCAUUUGGCUCCGUGUAGGCUUCGUGUAGGAGGCCGGAAGGGACGGGAGGCUGGCCCGGGGCAGACCUCCCAGGAGGAAGAAGGUGACCGCCCCAGUUGUGAAACCUUAAGUUAAGCUGCCUUCAACGUCCCUCUCAGUUUUACCGAGUCCUUUAUACCCCCUUCAGUAAGUAGCUGAACCGUGUCCCUUUCCGUGCAGCCCUCCUGUCCCUGGGCUCCUCGGCCAGUUCUCUGAGGGCCGGACCCGGAAGCCCCCCGUGCACAGACCGAGCUCCCGGGGCCUUGGGGACCUGGUGACCCUUAUCUCCCUCUCGUUCUUUCCCACCUGCUUUCGUUGAGGAAGGGAGAAGAAUUAAAAGGUAGCUCGUGAGCGCGGCCUUCUACCUUCCCCUCGCCACCUUCUUCUGUAGCCCCAGACAUUUGGGCUGCCCAAGAGAGGGAGGAGGGGGCUGGGCCCAGCAAGGCCCCGGAGGCAAGGAGGUGGGCGCAGCAGGUGGCCUUGUUGACCCCUUUUGUGGCCUGUUUAAGACUAUUAGUGCCUGGGAAAGGGCCGGCUUUACCUUGAGGUUGGAACCAUUCACGGCGGGCCCUAACAGUGUUUCUGAGUAACCCAGAGGGGACGGGGCUGGCCGGUCAGCACGUGGUGCUUCCUGGGAGGGAUCUUCUCCUAACUCCACGGAAUUGUUGCAGGAUACUAAAGCUCCAAGUAUUAGCAUUUUCGGAAAGUGUGUGGGGCUCGGGAGCAGAAAAGAGAUUGGGGUUGGGGAUGGUCCGGAAUCACCGUCUGAUUGGUUUGCUUUCUGAGACGGCCGCCAUGUUGAAUUGGAAGCCAUCUUGCUCCAUCCGGGAUCUAGUUUGAAAGCCAUUUGAAAUGUAGUCCCCUCUCCCUCCUCCCCCCCCCCCCCCCCUUUUCCCGACCCUGGACAGAAUGGCUUCUGCGACGGGCGUUGUUUUCCGAGGGAAAGAGUGAUGUCUCGUGCUGUGGUUUGUGUGUGGACGUGAGCAUUUGUCUGUGUCGUGGCGGGCUGGGCCUGCCUCUUUCCCUGCUCGACCUCAGGUCCUUCUCACGCGGAAGCUCGUCUCGAGUCCGGAUCGUCCCCGUCUCCUCCUAGUGAUCCUUAAGUUAAUAACAACAAAAAGACAAAUUGAAUGUCUCUCUCCUUCCAUCUUCCCAGGGAAUGUCACUGAGGGCAGCCAUUGCCGUGGCCUUCGACCCUUUUCCUAUUUAUAGAUAUAUAUAUAUAUAUUUGAUGCAAGGCCGCAGCACGUUCUGUUGCUGCCCCCCAGAGCGAUGUGGGUGAGCUCUGUGAGGCGGGAGCGGGGGCUAGAAGCGUGUGUGUGUUUUGGGGCACCCGGGAACGGGGGCUAGAAGCGUGUGUGUUUUGGGGUGCCCUUCUCAGACAUGGAGGACGGGGCCCCCGAGUCCUCUGGAGCCAGGAAGUGCGGGGCAGGCGGGCUCCAGGACGAGGGGUCUCUCUCUAGCCAAGUAUCCAUAGUCAGAGCAUGAUGUGUGAUGGAUGGAAAGUCCGGGGGGGGAAGGGGGAGGGAGGAGCGUGCAGUGAAUGGCAGCUUAACCCCGACCAGGCCCCCUGGGCUUCCCCCCUUCCAGGAGCCUGUUUCUGGCUUGCCAUCAGGCCAGAAGCAGUGGGAGGGGUAAGAGCUCACACCUGAGGGCCCGGACCUGGGUUCUAGGUCGAGGUCCGGGAUUGGGGGGGGGGGUGCGCCAUGGUUCCACAGCAGUGGGGUAACUUGGAAGGGUCCAGUGCUUCGUCCUCAUGGACUACCAGAAAAUACCUUGGUUGGCACAUGGACUGAGAACUCCCUGGUCAGAGGGCAGGAAAACCGAUCCUCUUGGAAAAGGAAGAGCCAAGAUCGCACCUGCUGGAGGCGCUCUCUGGGUCUUGGGCAGUUGGACAAGGGCCUCUUGUACACUUUUGCCUUGUGCAAGUGGCCAGACUGUUGAUUUACUCCCUGAGGGCUAGGGCUGGGGGUGGGGGUGGGAGUGGGGGAAGGUACCACCUCCAUUCAGGGUUGAGUGACAGACCCCCGUAAGUGAGGUCCAGAGUGAGUGGCCAGUGAUGUCUCGGGAUCCCUCCGUGCUUGGGCUCCCCCAGAGUCCCCGAGCCCCUUGCCCACCCGCUGCCCCGGGAUGCUCUGCACACCAUGAGUGUGUGUGUGCACCCCUUCUACCUCUGUGAAGGAUGCACUUGGUUUUGUUUGUUUUUUCCAAAUAAGUACUGUAGCGGGGCCAGAAAGUUCAUGUCCAAGGUGGGAGAAAGGGCUGGCUGAAUGUCCCUUCAUCAGCCCGGGUUGCUCGUGUUACCUCAUCCCUCUUUCAGAGGCCCCCCCCUCACUUUUUUAAAGACUUGGGGCUGUAGUUGCUUUGAGUCCUCAGAGAAGGGGCUCUCUGUCCCCUCCUCCAGCUAUGGUGCCUGUCCAUCCACUCAGCCCAUCCCCUCCCACUCCCGGUGGGGAACGUGGACCUCUCCCAUCUUCCAUCCCCAAACCUCCGCUCCUUCUGAGAGCUCAGUCCAACGAGGUGUUUUCCUUUUCCAUCCUGUCCCUUCUCCCACCAUCCGGGUAAGAGGGCAGAGGGCAAGGGGAGGACAUAGUGGAGCUUCUGGUCUGGGGAAGAGGGGACGCCCUUUGUGAUGUCAGUUGGAUGAAGGCCAGAUCGAGGGACCCGGUCGGCCUCCUUACCUCACCUCGGACCCCCUCCCCAUGACCAGCCACAAUUGCUUCCAUCCCUCCCUGUGGAAAGCUCCGGAGCCACGCUCUGGGUAUAGACCUGGCACAGGGACACAGUUGUCCUCAAAACAAGUCCGGGCUAGGAAUUGGUGUCUGAGGGGUUCCCACGCUCGCUGCCCCCAAAACGCUUCAGGGCCCUGAAGUGACGGGAGGCAGCUGCCCGCUCUCCAGCUGCUGUCCUGUCCGUCCCCCGUUCUCUUGUGUUCUGCCCCCUCCCUCCCGAAGACCUGCCAGCCCAGAGCCCUCGGCUAGGACCAUCCCCGAGUCACCCAAUGGCUCUACCACCAGCAUCAGCCACUCUGGAGCAUCUUGGCCUUGUGGUUGGGAUGGACAGGAAGGUUGGCGGGUGGACGAGUGGGGGUAGUCGGGGCUCCCCCUCCUCCUGCGUCCUCCCGUUUCUUUGGGGGUCUUGGGUAGAGAGAAACAAAAAUCCUGGAGAUUCACGUACUGUACAACGGAGAGAGAAAGAGGAAAAAAAUACCUAAUGUCCCCAAACAAAUGACAGUAUAUUUUGUACUUUGUAAAGUGUUAAUUAAAACGGAGAAAAAAAAUUAACCAAACACUGUCUGCUUUUGUACUGAUCAAACUGAUGAAAAUAAAGCAAGGCGUGGCAGUGUCUUCCCAA